CUCAACUCUUUCAUUUUUGAUGUGGGAUAUGUAUUGGAUCUAAAUUUGUAGUUUUUGAUUUAGGGAUUUAUACGCAUAUUACUUUAUCCUUUGCUGCUUGCUCUGGGCUCAUUUUGGUGCUUAGUCCCUUAAGGAAAAUACGGAAGUUAUAUAAAUUUCACUCCUCAGUUUUGCUGAAAUUGCUUAAAUGUAUACUGUGCUUUUGGUUGCAUUGGUUGUGUCACUACUCAGUAGCUCAUUGUUUUGUUUUUGAAUGAUAGUAAUAAGCUUUUGGUGUUCCUGUUCUGUUUUUGUUGAAUAGGUCUAGCAUAAUAGUAGGUUCUACAAUCUUCAAGGUCCUUAAUCAAACAAAUUUGGUUUACUGAUUUUAUUGGCUAUAUAAAAUCACAGACUAGAAUCAAGUAUCAAGCUUUGUGAUUGAAAGUUUGAGACUUUAAGUUUGGACAUUCUCUGUAACAUAGUAGAAAAGUUUAGACUUGAAUUUUAUUGAAACUCUUUUUGCAGGCUUUCGUUUUUGAUCUUCAACCUUAAGAUCCUAAAAAAGUAUUUUAGUUUGCAGGAUGAUAAUGAGUAUUCCCUUUCAAAAAUUUGGAGUAGAGACAUACAGUGUUGAAAAGGGAUUCACUCUCGGAUUACAUUUUUGCUCUGAAUCCCUAUGUAUAAAACCGACAUCUCCAGCUGCUUUCCAAUAAGAGAUGCCUCCAUCAAAGUCACCAUCUACUGUUACGCAAUAUCAGGCUUAUCCAUCACAAUCAACAUCACCGAAGACUGGGUUGUCUACCUAUGAUCUAUCUGAGCUGCAAAUUGAGGGUGAUGCAAAUUGCCAGAAAUUAGUGAUCAAGACAAGGAGCAUCGAGUUCAUGCCAUUCUAUCUUUCUCCUGUAACCUUCUUGAUCAGUCUCUCUUUCUUUGCAUACAGACUUUUCAGAGAAGAUCCAUUCAUAUAUGUAAGUAUUGUGUUUCCUGCUGACAAAAACCAAUUUUCAAUUCUAAAGUGCAAAUUUCAGCAGUUAAAUUAUCGCCUUAGCUAGGCAGCAAACACAUCUCACUUUAUUUUAUUUCUUGGCAACAGUUUACAUUUCAAUUGGCAAAAUAAAUAUACAUUUACAGUUCAUCAUAC